AUGGCAGAGCGAAGAGAGCAGCAACCGGAGAAGAAAGAGGAAGACCUCCCCGAUUACUUCGCGGCACUCGGCGCCGGGAGCCCCAAGCCCAGGCAGAAAUACGGAGGCAUGUUUUGCAACGUAGAGGGCGCCUUUGAAAACAAAACCCUGAACUUUGCUUCUUUCAGUUGUGAGAAAAGAAACGAGAGUCGGAAGCUUCACCGAGAAGACUCCAGCCAGCAGUCCAGCGAAUCGGAAGAGCAGAUUGAAACCAGCAACGGGACAACUUCCGUGCCAGAACCGUGUCCGCCUUCACCUGGGAUUAGGGAGCAGCUGCCUACCGGUGGCCAUCAGACUGACCAGUUGCUCAUCAAAGGAGGAAAGAUUGUCAAUGAUGAUCAGUCAUUUUAUGCAGAUAUCUUUGUGGAAGAUGGUUUGAUUAAGCAAAUUGGAGAAAACCUGAUAGUUCCUGGAGGUGUGAAAACAAUUGAUGCUUAUGGCCAGUUAGUUAUUCCAGGUGGAAUAGAUGUCCACACUAGAUUACAGAUGCCUUUGAUGGGAAUGACCUCUGCUGAUGACUUUUACCAGGGCACAAAAGCAGCUCUUGCAGGAGGAACCACCAUGAUACUUGAUCACGUAUUCCCUGAAUCUGGAACAAACCUCCUGACUGCCUAUGAUCAGUGGAAGGAAAGUGCUGAUAGUAAAGCCUGCUGUGACUAUUCUCUGCACAUUGACAUCACACGUUGGCAUGAGAGUAUAAAAGAAGAGCUGGAAGCUCUUGUCAAAGACAAAGGUGUGAACUCUUUUCUUGUUUUCAUGUCCUAUAAAGACAAACUCCAGUGCACUGAUGCUCAGAUGUAUGAAAUAUUCAGUCUUAUUCGUGAAAUGGGUGCCAUUGCUCAAGUCCAUGCGGAAAAUGGAGACAUCAUUGAUGAGGAGCAAAAAAGACUCUUGGAAUUGGGGAUUACUGGUCCAGAGGGUCAUGUCCUCAGUCACCCAGAAGAGGUUGAAACAGAGGCAGUGUAUCGUGCUAUUACUAUAGCGAAACAAGCCAAUUGCCCCUUAUAUGUCACAAAGGUUAUGAGCAAAGGCGCUGCAGAUGUCAUAGCACAAGCUAAGAGGAGAGGCACCAUUGUAUAUGGAGAGCCCAUUACAGCAAGUCUUGGCACUGAUGGCUCACAUUACUGGAGUAAGAAUUGGGCAAAAGCGGCAGCAUUUGUCACAUCUCCACCUAUCAGUCCAGACCCCACAACACCUGAUUAUCUCACUUCACUCUUAGCCUGUGGGGAUCUGCAAGUGGUGGGCAGCGCUCACUGUGUCUUCACCACGGCACAGAAGGCUGUUGGAAAGGAUAACUUCGCUCUGAUUCCAGAAGGAACAAAUGGCAUUGAAGAACGGAUGUCAGUAAUUUGGGAAAAAUGUGUGGUAACAGGGAAGAUGGAUGAAAAUGAAUUUGUAGCAGUGACCAGUACUAAUUCAGCCAAGAUUUUCAACUUCUAUCCCAGGAAGGGGCGGAUUGCUGUGGCGUCAGACGCUGAUCUGGUUAUUUGGAAUCCUAAAGCUACAAAGAUCAUUUCUGCAAAAACUCACAACUCGAAUGUGGAAUACAACAUAUUUGAAGGAACCGAGUGUCAUGGUGUCCCUACAGUGGUUAUAAGUCAAGGGAAGGUUGUAUUGGAAGAUGGAAACCUCUGUGUCACUCCAGGUGUUGGCCGUUUCGUUCCUCGAAAGACAUUUCCUGAUUUUGUUUACAAAAGAAUAAAAGCCCGGAAUAGGCUGGCUGAAAUCCAUGGGGUACCUCGUGGACUUUAUGAUGGACCUGUUCAUGAUGUCAUAGUAACCGCUAAAGCUGUUGCUCCAGCUCCUACCUCAAGGAUAGCUACUUGCUCAGGCAAAAUACAGGUUCCAUCAAUCCGCAACCUUCAUCAGUCAGGCUUCAGUCUGUCUGGAUCUCAAGCAGAUGACCAUAUUGCAAGACGUACUGCACAGAAAAUUAUCGCACCCCCAGGUGGACGCUCCAAUAUUACAUCUCUGUCUUAA